UCUUGUUUGGUUGCUCACCCUUGCUCCAACCACAGCAGGGCUGUACUGUCUGCCUAGGUUGGGAACUUCCUUUAACAAGAUUGCUUAGCUUGGUUAUCAGAGGGGACGACAAGACUGGUCUUUACGAGAUUUCAGAGGGGUAGGUCUCUGUCCAGCCGCUCCACAGAGCCACGGUUCGGCAAGCAUCUGAGAUGCCUCUCCGCACCCGUCCUUGAGGAGCCCGGAGGGCGCAGUAGAUCCGGAGGCUUCGGUAUCCAGACGUCCCUUAGGGUCAGGUCUGCUCAGACUUUCCACUCUUCGUGCGCGCCCUCGAGGGCUGAUGAGACCAGGCAGGAGGUGACUAGCGUGUCCAGGCUCGGGAGCACCCGGAGCGCUGGCCCCAGGGCUCUGCGGCCAUCUUCGGGAAGGGAGGUAAAGAAGGGGCGCGGCCUUGGGACCGGGACCCGCCCCGCCGCCGGGGCCGCCUCGCCAAGCUCGGACUUCCCCUCUCCGCCCGGCCCAGCUGCGCGGCGCGUUCCCGCCCAGCCCAGAGCCCGCGCCGCGGGCGCCCCGCUGCUCGGCCCCGCCGCUCGCAGAGGCCGCCAUGGGCACCGCGCGCUGGUUCGCGCUGGGCAGUCUGCUGGCCCUGGCCCGGCUGCUGGAAGGCCGGCUCGUGGGCGACGAGGAAGCCGGCUUUGGUGAAUGUGACAAGUUCUUCUACUCCGAGACCCCUCCUGCAGGGCUGGCGACCGACUCCCACGUGAAGAUCUGUCAGCGCUUCCAGGGCGCCGCGCACUUCGCCACCUUGUACAGCCCCCGGGACCGCAUUCCCGUGUUCUCGGCGUUCCGCGCUGUGCGCCCCGCGUUCCGCAGGGCGGAGCCCCGCUGGCUGGUGGAGCCGCAGAUCGAUGACCCCACCAGCAGCCUUGUGGAGGUGAUUAAUGAGGCUGAGGCCAUCGCCUCUGUGAACAAUCUGGGAAGCAAACAAGCCUUGAAUACAGAUUACCUUGAUUCUGAUUAUCAAAGAGGACAGCUGUAUCCGUUCUCCCUUAACAACGAUCCCCAGAUGGCCACAUUCACUCUCACCAAUUCCGCUCCAAUGACCCAGUCCUUCCAGGAACGGUGGUACAUGAAUCUCAACAGCCUCAUGGACAGGGCAUUGAUUCCUCACUGUGGCAAUGGGGAAGACCUGUAUCUCAUCACUGGCACAUUGCCUUCAGACCACAAAGUUAAAGACAAAGUGACAGUCCCUGAGUUUGUGUGGCUGGCGGCCUGCUGUGCUGUCCCCGGAGGAGGCUGGGCCAUGGGCUUUGUCAAGCAUACCCAGGACAAUGACAUCAUAGAAGAUGUGAUGGUGAAAGACCUUGAGAAACUGCUUCCAUCGAGCCCUCAGCUGUUUCAGAACAACUGUGGUGAGACUGAGCAAGAUACAGAGAAAAUGAAAAAGAUUUUGGAAAUGGUUAAUCAAGUCCAGGAUGAGGAGCGAAAGGUGCAAACUCAAGAAAGCUCUAUUCCCCUCUCUAGCACCCAGAGCAAGACAGCUACCGUGUUGGUGCCAGAGGCACCUGAGGAAAGUAGCAGCUUUUUGGGGAAAUUCCUGGGUUUCAUCGCUACCCCAUUCAUCAAGCUUUUCCAAUUAAUUUAUUACCUUGUGGUAGUAAUCCUAAAGAACAUUGUCUGUUUAUUGUGGUAUGUUACCAAGCAGGUGAUUAAUGGUAUAGGAAGCUGCCUUUACAGCCUGGGCUCUGCCACUGUCUCAUACUUUGUGGCCAUUGGAGAAGAGUUGGUGGGCAUACCCUGGAAGGUGCUCAAGGUCACGGGAAAAAUCAUCAGGGCUAUUCUCCGGAUCCUUUGCUGUCUACUGAAGGCUGUUUGCCGUGUUCUGAGCAUCCCUGUCCGAGUCUUUCUGGAUGUGGCCACUUUCCCUGUGUAUACCAUGGGAGCAAUUCCAGUUGUUUGUAAGGACAUUGCCGUUGGCCUGGGUGGCACCAUCUCUCUGAUCUUUGACACUGCUUUUGGCACUAUGGGUGGCCUAUUUCAGGUUGUUUCUAGUGUCUUCAAGCGGAUUGGUUACAAGGUUACUUUUGACAAUUCUGGAGAAUUAUAGAACUCAAAAAAACUAAUACUGUACAGUCACAGUGAAUUUGAUUUUUUAAUAGAGAAAGCUGGGAUAGUUUGUCUUUAAACUAGGUUUCUAUUCACUGUCAAUUAUUAUUAUUUUUAGGCCUUUGUUGGGGAUGUUUGCCUGUUUUUUGCAAAGGAAGAUGGUAUAAUUUACACUCAACAUAAAAAUGCUCAGGAUGGGAUUUAGUAGUCAGGUGUGCACUUCCAGUUAUAUGUGCAAACUUGCAAGCCACUCUGAUACAGAGUGAAACAAUGGAAACAUUCUGGUGUCACCUGUGAUAAUUAAAAAUUACAACAGAGGGAGGAAUUAGAAAGAGGACAAUUUUAAACUAAAGGGUUCCUGAGAAAAUGAGAAAGAAAUUUUGUUCUUCCCAUUAUGCUUUGCGAUUUAAGACAAAACAGAUCUAAAUAUCCUUGGCCAAUUUCUUAGCAUUUGCUUCUCUUCUCCCCUAACUCAAGUGACCUUGGUGAAGUGCAGGUGAUGCUUGUCUGUUGAAAUAACUUUUCUUUGGAUACGAACUCUGCUAUAGCUCUUAGCUUUCUGUGGUUCUCAAGGACCUGUUAGAUUUUUAUUUUCCUCCAAAGUUGAAUUUUGCUGCAUUUUUCUUUUAGGUAAUAAUAAGCAUUUUAUGCCAAAUGUGGCAUAACAAAGUUUGAAUCCAAGUUUGAGUGGAGUAAAUAGUCCUUUCAGCUGUAAAAAGGGAAUGCAAUAGUAAUAGCCCUGCUCUUGGUAGGCAAAAGACAUCCUUAGCUAAGCCUGGAUUAACUUGCCAUAUUAAAUCACUGGCUGACAACUGAGCUCAAAGAUCUACAUGUUAAGGCUAAUAUGAAAAUUUAUAUUCUGCAACAUACAAAAAUCUUUCUGAUGCAUCAAAUAAGUUCCCAAUACAGUAUAACACUCUGACUUCUAUCCUUAAAUGAUUAUUUUGGUGUGACUAUAUAGGAAAGAGACAUAAAAUUAAAAAUAUUCUGGCUGUGUUAGAAAAAGAUAUGUGUAUAAAAAUAUUUAAGAAUCAUUCUUAGGAGCUUAUUUUUAUUCUGAGCCUAUAAAACAUAAUUAUUAAUGAAAGUUAAAUUUGAGACCUUAUUGGCAACUUUUUGAUCAAGCACUUGGCAAUUUAGAGUUUGCACUAAAAAUGAUAAGAAGAGGAACCAAAUUUUGCUUUGCCUUCCACAGCUGGGAUGGAAACAUUUGAAUUUUUCUAAAUGAUCUGAAGGGUUACUGUGAAGUAGGAAAGGGGUGUGUGGAUACUGAUCUUGGAGGCAUAGCCCAUGAUGCAAAAAAUUGAGGGUCCAGAAAGGCAAUAAAGAGAGAAUAAUGUGUUAACCAUUUCCUUGGGGGCUGGUGGAUGAGAAGAAAUAUGAGUGUAACAAGAGUUACAUUUUGCAGGAAAAAUUGUUUGCCUUGCCCCCAGAGUGGAAUAGCAGCCAGCAAGUGGGCAUCUGACUCAGUUUGUGAUGUAAAUCUGGGAAUGUGAGCACCAGACUUGUCUAGGCUGAUAAAUUGAGGUGCAUCAAUUUAUCCAAGAAUCCUAAGCAGUAUUUACUAAUACUUUUCUUUGAGUAAAUGAAGAAUGAGGGUUUGCUUUGGGGCUGAUGGAUCAAGAAUGCUGCUAGAUGAAAGAAAGGGAAUCUCAGAAGUGACCAGAGCGACAGUCUGGGCAUCCCUCAUUUGAUAAGGAACCUGAGGUACAGAGAGGCAACAGGCUUGGCCUCAGUCUCAUGGCUGGUCGAGAGCAGGUCAGGAGCCAAAGCCCCCAUGCCCCCCACACACCUGGGAUGUCAGAUGUGGAACUGUGUGCUGCUGCCAUAGACCUUAAGCCAGAUAUUUUUCAUGCAUCAAACAGACUCUGGGCCCUGUAUAAUCAAUUGGAUAUAGCGUGUGUGAUGAAAUGAUCAGCAUUCAUACAACAUUAUGCUUACUGGAUUGCAUGUAAUCUCUUUUCCCUCAUUGUACAUAUUUACAUUCUGAAAGGCCCACUGAGGGUAUCCAUGGCAGGUUGAACCUCUAAGCAGUAUGAAAGGAGCAAGGCAUCCAAACUCCUUUGUGAGAAUCAUUUGGAAAUGUCAUAUCCAGUUGUUCAGUGUCUUUAUUUAGUCUUGUGUGGUCAUUUUGGAUAUCUGGGAAAUGAUAAUUAAGCAAAAAAAAAACAGCCAUAAGUUUAGGUGGCUGAGACCCAGCACUGUGGACCACAGUGUUAGCUGUGCCUCUGGUUCAUUGGAACUGGCUGCACUGGGCUUGAAGCCCCACCAGUCACUGGAUUACUGGUCUACUUACUUGGGUCUUUGAGGUGGAAUUUGGGUUGCUGAACCCCCCAUCUCUGGCCUGCAGAUUUUGCUGUGGCUCUGUUACUUUCUUAGGCCCUUGGAGAAGUCAGACAAUUCUUCUUCCUUUAUGGAGCUGGUUUUCUAGUCUAUUGAUCAUGCACACCUUUGGACUCCACUUUUCUAUUGUGCCUUUUCCAUGUUGGCUUCCUACUCAGUGUCAGCACUUUCACUUAAAUGCAGACUAAGGAGUUGGGAGAAGCGGUAGCUGAUGUGAAGCACUCUUCAUUCUUCAAUCACUCCUUUAUCUACCAAACAUGCAUUUGGUCAUCAGGGGUGCAGAAAUGAAAAAUCCAUGUGGAUUCUAUGUGGUGGAAAGAAUGCAUGGCUAAUCCAUAUUUGUCAUGCAUCAUGGUAAGUGCUACCUUAAAAGUACUAUCACCAUGCUGCCUGGAGCACGUGGCAGUGGUGGGCAAAACCAUGGAAAUUAAGGAACCCUUAACAGAGUGGGACAAAAGUAAUUUGGCAUUUUCAGACUAUGUACAAUGCUGUGUACCUUGCAGAUGCUCAAUAAAGUAAUUAUUGACAACUCA